AUGACGUUGAUGUUUCUUUCAUACAUGGCAUACCUGGUGAUGCAUUAUCUCCUUCAAGACGCUACAGAUUAAGCGUAUGCUUCGUUCCUUUUUUACACUAUCGUCUAUACUGAAAGGACACUUAGAGAAAAGGGCAUAGUUACACCAAGUUAUUGAGGAGUACUUUCAACUCACCGCCAAAUCAAAUAUCAUGGCGUCUACAUCCCGUGAUACCAACGACGCCAGCAAAACGGCUUGGGCCGCAGAGCCAGAGCGUCAGGUUCCUGCGCCCAAAAAGCCCAUCGCUAACCUGAACGCCUUCACCAGUCGCACAACAGUGUCGCAAGGCCUGUUGGACAUCUCCCUGCUAACCGCUAACGUGGCGCAGCUGAAGUUUGUACUGGACCAGGGAGUCGAUCAGAGCUACUACUACAUCCUAGUUACCCUGCUGUGUCUGUCCAUAACGCUCCAGGUAGUGCUGGCAGCCAUGUUGGUGUACAAGUACCGGGACAGUCCGUGGAAGAUGAUGAUGAUGAAGGGAUCCGUGGGAAGAGUCUGACAAGGUUUAACAACUGGACCACCAUCCUGUCACUCUUCAUCACUGUCAUUAACAUAGUGGUCUCGGCCUUCGGCAUAUCCAUUAUUGAUACUUCUGCAGGAGGGCCAGGGAAUGGUAGCGCUACGUGAAGUAGAGCCACAAAAAUAAUUAUAUUAUAAUCGUUGUUUUCAAAAUAUAUCCAUUUGAAGCGUUAACCAUGUGUAAAGAGGCAUUAUUAUACAACAACCCCAAGAUCUUAGGAUAAAGCCGUAUUGGUAAGCUAGUAUAAUGUUACAAUGAUUAUUUGAUUGGUUUGAAUGAGCACUUCCU